GUUGCGUUCCCCAUGCUUGUUGCGAACUUAACGAGUUUGAUCGUGGAUGGCUGUGGUGGUUUAAGAUUCUUGUCCUCGUCUACCAUGGCCAUAACUUUGUGCAACUCAAAAAGCUUCGGAUAAGCAGAUGCCAAAAUAUGGUGGAGAUAAUAUCAACAGAAGAAUAUAAUGGCAUUGAAGAAAAGAUAUUGGAUAACAUGUUUCCCAAACUAGAAUCUCUGGAGCUAGAUAUUCUUACAAACUUGGAAACAUUCUGCUCAUCACCAACUUAUCUCAAAUUUUCAUGUUUGAAUUCCUUGAUUAUAAAGGACUGCACAAAGCUAGGGCCAUUUAUCCUCGACCACAUGAGCAAAAGUAUUAGAGAUGCUGCCGUUCACUAUUUGUUUGACGAAAAGGUUGGUUUUCCUGGCUUGGAGAAAUUGGUUAUCAAAGGCCUGCAUAAACUGACGACCUUAUGGCACACCCAACUUGAUCCAAAUUCAUUUUGCAGACUCACUGAAAUCUUUGUUGAGGAUUGCGAAAAUUUAAUACAUGUUCUUGUGCCCCGUAUACUAAAAAGAUUGGGAAGUAGUGUGAAAGUUUUAAAUAUAAGGAAUUGUGAUUCAUUGGAAGCGGUAUUUAACGUCAAAGAAACAGAUGAUGCACUAUUAUUACCUCAGUCGGCAGUAAUUUUCAGCUGUCGAAAUCUUUGUGAAGUUCAAAUAGUCAACUGUAGAUGUCUGAAAAAUGUAUUCCCAGCCUCCGUGGCCAGAAAUAGAAAUCUUGAGAAGCUACAGAAAUUGUGGAUUAAGAAUUGUAAGAUGUUGGAGCAAAUCGUUGGUGAAGAAGUGGGAGUAGAAGUAGAAGCAAUCAUGCCUAAGUUUGUGUUUCCAAGUGCAAAGAUGGUACUCCUCAUCAAUCUGCCACAGCUGAACAGUUUCUAUCCGGGGAUGCAUACGUCCAAGUGGCCGUCAGUCAUUGAAUUAGUGCUAUUUAACUGUGACAAACUAGAGAUGCUGGCCGCGGAAUCUUCAUGUUAUCAGCGACAACAUCAUCAGUUGGGUAUGCCAACCUAUAAUCAGGUAUUCUUUUUAUACGAAAAGGAUUCGUUCUCCAAUUUGGAAAUCUUAGGGUUGGACAUAAAGGAGACAUUGUAUGGUUCACUCCCAGUAGUAGACUUCUUCAAAAUAAAGCAACUCUUCAUUCGCUGCCAACGCAUUACAUCAGCAGUUCCUCCAUCUGUUUUAUUUCGGAAAUGUCACAAUCUUGAAACACUUGGUAUGUUCUAUGGAAAUUUUGAAGAAAUAUUUAUCCACGAAGGAUCUUUGGGUGGGGAAGAACAUCUAGGUUGGACUCUGACACGCUUAAAAUAUCUCGACAUUACUGGAAUGAACAAGCUGAAGCAUGUAGGGAAAGACAAGUCCCAUCUUGCAGCACCAGUUUUCCCUAAUUUGGAAACUCUAACAGUGGAUGACUGCCCAAGACUAAAGAAUAUAGUUUCACCUGCUAUAUCCUUCCAUAAUAUUGUGGAAUUGCAAGUAACCAACUGUGAUGGAAUGAAGCAUUUGAUCACAUAUUCAGUGGCUAAAAGCUUGAUCAAUCUUGAAAAAAUGACAGUCGAAAACUGUCGAAGAAUGAUAGAAAUUGUUGCAAGUGAUGACGACCAAGGGGAUAUUAUUGACGGAGAAAACGAAAUUACUUUCAGUCGGUUGGAAUAUAUGGAACUUUCUGACCUACCAAAUCUGAAAGGCUUUUGCUCCAGGAAUUAUCAUGUCAGAUUCCCAUUCUUUAUGACUAUAUCUGUGUCCCGCUGCAUACAGAUGAAGAUUUCUUUUGAUGGAGUACUCCUAGAUGAUUCAAAACGAGAAAGAGUUCAAAUAAUAGAAGAAGAUGAUGAUGAUGAUGACAACAACGAUGGUGAUGAUUAUGAUGAUGAUGAUGAUGAUGACAACAACGAUGGUGAUGAUUAUGAUGAUGAUGAUGAUGAUAGCCGUCAUGGUGGUGGUGGUGAUGAUCAGAACAAUGACAAUGAAGAUGAUGAUGAUAACAGUAUUAUAUAAUGUAUGAUGAAUGAGAAGAAAUAAAGAUGUGGCAGUGCUCAAGCAUACAAGACCAUAAAAUGAGAUGAGGGUGGGGUUUCAAAUUUCUGAGUUGUUGCAUGAAAAACAUUGGAUAUACUUUGCCACAAGGCUAUAUCCGAACUGUGAAGUUGGAAGAGGUGAUCAACUGGUCAAAACAAGGUCGAUGCAUGGUUGAGCUCCCCUUUUCAUGAGUCUUAUUACUUUGUUAAUUACUCAUUAAUGCAUUAAGCUAUUUUCAUUCUUCAACAUAUUUGAGCACCGAAUUUGUACGUGCAUUGACUAUUUUUUGUUAAUUGUUGUUUUGCCCAACUUAUGUUGACUAUUUA